AUGCCGGCCCUUACCUCGAAUCGCGCCUUGCUGGUCGUUCUCUUGGUAGGACUAGGCACGGCGAUCUACACAAUUCCCCGUCUUCUGCGUCGAGUGAAAGAUGAAGCGAAAGCACCACAGCCGGAGCCUCCACCGGCGCCUAAACGGCUACAAAAGGACUCUGAGAAUUCCCUCAAGAUUGAAACGCUGCGCACUCUAGCCGACGGCUACAGCCAUGAAUUGCGGACGUCGGCGAUCAAAAUCGUCGCCAGCCGGACCGCCAGGUCGAGCACCAAGUCGCUACUCCUGCGCGAUCUGGCCAGCAAAGACUACGGUCGGCGCGACAAUGCCAUCAAUGGCUUAUGGAUGCUUCUUUACCACCCAUCACUCAACGGAAACAACAACGGCGGUGGGAAAGUGAUGACCGAAUUCCACGAUGCCGAAACCGCCACGGCUACGGUGCGUGCUUUGAUUAAUGUUUUACCUCUCCACAACAUCAACGACCACCAACCUGAGGCAGAAGCAGAACCUUCUGCUGUUCCGAAUCAGCGGAAGAAGCAUCUAGUCGUACCUCCAUCGCCGGUCCGUCCAGCACAUCGGCCAGCACACGAAGUGUCGCUGCUCAUCAUUCUCAACAACAUCUUGUCCUACUCGGCACGCCGAAGGGCACGGCCCAUAUCAGGCAACGAAGCCAUGGAAGCCGCAUUGGAUGCCGGGCUGGUGACUCGGUGGUUGGCAAACUACCCUUUUCCAUGUGCAUUGGCCGAAAAGGAAAACUUGGGCUUCAAUUUCAAAAAGUCCGAUGUCGCUCGUCUAUUUGACCGCAUGGCCUGGUUGACCGACGACCUGCUGAUGGCCGACAUUGUUCUGGAGGUCAUGCAGUGUCCGCGCGGCCGCAAGGAAAUGCGCGCCGUCGGCCUGUCUACAAGCAGAUAUCGCGAGAAUGAUCUAGGUCGCCGCGGCGGUUCCUACCGUUCUGCUUCUAAUUGGGAUCUCCCGGGCUGGGUGACGGCCGCUCAGCAGGAUGAAGAGCAGAAUAACAGGACGGGUGAUGAUGAUGUGCGCAUGGUUGGUGGUGAGGAUACCGCGGGCGUGAUCGUAGAAGGUAAUGAAGGUGGACCGCAAUACGAGCCGAUGUCACAAGAAGGAGACGGUGGCGGGGGCGGAUUGCGACCUAGAUCUAUGGAACGCAGCCAGGAAGAAGAGCAUCUACGACGUCGACAUCGCGAAGCCAUCGUCGUCGCGGACCCGGGCGCUCCUUUGCGCAGAGAAAACAUCCUCCAGCGCGCAAACAGUCAGCAGAUUCUCCAGCCUAUGAACGGCACCAGUGAGGUCGAGGGUGUCUUGAAUGGCCUCCUGGGGCUUUCGGGUGAGAGUGGUAAUCAUCAUGUUCAGGAACAUCAAGACCAGCAUGCCUCGCAUGUUUCCGGUGUGCCGGAGCGUCAAAGACAAGACGACAGCCGCAGCCGCGUUGCCUCCGAACUCGAUCGGGUCUUGGAUGUCCAGGAUAUCGAGCAUAUGCUCGACCAGUCGUUGAGCAGCGGCGGCCCCAGUGAUAGUAUGCGAGACGUUAUCCACCUUCUGCAGUCGGAUGAGCCCGUCAUCCUCGUCCCUACGGCUUCUUCCCGAAGGCCCCAUGGCGGUGCCAGUUCUGAUUCAGACUCGGAAAACUCCUCGUGA